CUCCUGAGUGUUCUGCCUGUACUUGGUGGAGAGGGGUUUUGAAGAAAAAUGAUCCAUUGUCUCUCAUCCUGCCUCUGAGCCCGAGCAGUGAUACGAUGCCUCUGGAUGCCAGCCCAGGAUGAGCCUACAGAAACUAUAGAAUCAGAUCCUGCUUUAUCUGCAUGGAAAGAUUCUAGUUGAAAAGCUUGUGAGAGCAACAUGAGCUGGAGCUUUCUCACUCGUCUCCUGGAAGAGAUCCACCACCACUCCACCUUUGUGGGGAAAGUGUGGCUGACUGUGCUCAUCAUAUUCCGCAUUGUGCUCACAGCGGUCGGAGGAGAGUCCAUCUACUCGGACGAGCAGACAAAGUUUACCUGCAACACCAAGCAGCCAGGUUGUGACAACGUCUGCUAUGAUGCCUUUGCCCCUCUCUCGCAUGUCCGCUUCUGGGUCUUCCAGAUCAUCAUGAUCUCCACUCCUUCUAUCAUGUACGUGGGUUACGCCAUCCACAAGAUAGCCCGGAUUUCAGAAGCGGAUCGCAAGAAGCUUCACAGGCUCAGAAAAAAGCUUACUCCUCACUCCAGAUGGAGAGAAAGCCACCAUCUGGACGAUGUCUUAGAGGGGGAUGAAGACGACGAUGCUGAGCCCAUGAUCUUUGAGGAUUCACUGGAGGCCAAGCCUGAACCAACGCAGCCACCAAAACAUGAUGGCCGCCGAAGAAUUAUGCAAGAAGGCCUGAUGAGAAUCUACGUUCUUCAGCUCAUGUCGCGAGCUAUUUUUGAAAUUGCUUUUCUUGCAGGACAGUAUCUCCUUUAUGGUUUUCGAGUUAGUCCUUCAUAUGUAUGCAACAGGGUCCCCUGUCCACACAGAGUGGACUGUUUUAUCUCCAGGCCCACAGAGAAAACUAUCUUCCUUCUCAUCAUGUAUGUGGUAAGCUGUCUUUGUCUAGUGCUAAAUGUGUGUGAGAUGCUUCACUUAGGAAUCGGCACUUUUCGGGACACCCUUCGCAUUAAGAGGAACCGGGGCCGACGGAUGUCCUAUGGCUACCCGUUUUCUCGAAACAUCCCAGCCUCCCCUCCGGGGUAUAACCUUGUGAUGAAGACAGACAAACCUACCAGGAUCCCCAACAGCCUCAUCACCCACGAGCAGAACAUGGCCAAUGUGGCCCAGGAGCAGCAGUGCACCAGCCCAGAUGAGAACAUCCCUUCUGAUUUAGCAAGCCUACACCGGCACCUACGUGUUGCCCAGGAGCAGCUUGACAUGGCCUUUCAAACAUAUCAAAUUAAAACCAUCCAGCAGACCUCCAGGACCAGUAGUCCUGUAUCUGGGGGCACUAUGGCAGAGCAAAAUCGAGUCAAUACAGUCCAGGAGAGACAAGGAGCAAGGCCAAAGUUAGCCACAGAGAAGGCUGCAACUAUUGUUAAAAAUGGAAAGACCUCUGUCUGGAUAUAGCCAUACGUUUAAUUUAAUAAAUUAACAGUUAAAACUUUUCGGACUCAAGGACUUCACUGUGACACCGCUGCAGGAUGUGUGUGUGUGUAUGCGUGUGUUUGUGCGAGAGAGAUGCGGCUUAGACGAUCCCUACAGGAGAACAGAGUAUAAUGCACACAUUUUAAAUUCAGAAGUACAUAUAGAAACUAUAAAAUCCAUUAUCACAAAACUUCCUUUUUACUGUAGCCUGUCAUUUUGUGCUUGCCAUAGCUUUUGGAGAUAACAUGUGCAUACUCAGCUAAAUAUAUUUAAUUCCAGCUAACAUUUCAAAGUAUUAUAAACUGACUGCUUGGGGCUAUUUAUCUGGUCUACCCUUGACUGCCGCUGAACUGGAUUCUUCAAGAGAACUCUAACUUUGUAAGUGUGUGAUUGUACCCUCUAACUUAAUUGAAAAAUGCAGUGAAAAGCACUGUACAAAUGUACAAUGACUCAUUUCUGAAGAAUGAUGAUUACUUUGGAAAGAUGCAUGUUUAAUAUUUAGAGAAAUAUUUUUGGAUGUAGUAUGGAUGAGCAUUGCUGGAAGCAGAUAAUGUGAAAUGUUUUGAUAAAGAUAAUGAAACCGGGCUCUGUCACUGUAUGCUCUUUUGGUAGACAUCUGUUAAGUUGUGAUGAUUUUCAGUCAUUGCGUGCAAAGCCUUUAUAUAUUCUGUAUUUUUCAAAGCCUUGCCGUUUAAAAGGGGAAAAGGUAAGUUAAUAGAAAAUCUAAUUAUUUGUUAAACUAAAUAUUGAUUUUCUGCAAUUUGAAGCAGAUGCAUGCUUUGCAACUGGGACAUCCCACCCUUAGUUAGGAAAUUAGCUCUACAUUGUAUCUAAUGUUUUGGCAUGCUUGGUCUUUAAAAUGACCAUUUCAGUUUUUCUGUCACAGAUGAUGUUUGUUUCUAAAAUUGGUUUAUGAGUAAUAUUUAAUCCUGCCUUCACUGUAGUCACACUUCAAAGUGCCUCAAACUUUUAAAGACUGUUCUGGUAUUUUAUUCAUGAAGAAAUAAACUUAUGUGA